GAGGCGUUACAAGUAACGUGUUACUUUUCAAUUAACUCAGUCUGCAUAUUAAAUAUAUAAAAUAACGAUAAAAGUAACGAUUAUAUAUAUUCAUUACCGUUGUCCAAAAACUGUAACUAAUGCGUUACAUACUACUGUUACAAACAAGAAAAUGUAACAUUGUUACUCAUACUCAUUCAGAAAAAAUUAAUUUUAACGUAACGACGUUGCAAAAGUAACGUGUUAUUUCUGAAUUAUAUGACAACAAUCCAUCAUUUCAUUAAAAAAAAAAUUUCAUGUGAAAAAUUGACUUUUUCAAAAUUUUAUUUUAUCGUAAUUAUUUGUCUAAAUUACAUCACUUUUGUCAGAAAUAUUUUUUGCCUGUCAGAAUCAGUUUUUGAGAUAUUAGAUUGGACUGCACGUUUAAAAUAAGACAUCCUGUAUAUGUUAAACGUUACCAUAGUAAAAUAUAUAUAUAAUUUAUCGCAUAGAUACCCUUUAUAUUGAAUAGGCCUAUAGGGGCUAUAGAUAGUUGAUAGAUAAACAACGUAAAUCUUUCGGGACAAAAUUGUAUGUACGCACUUAUAUAGGUACAUACGUAUAAGCUUUCGAAAGUUAUAAAAUCGAGUGGAUCAUGCGGCUAAUCUCGAUUGAUACAGAUUUCGAAUAUGUAAUACAAAAGUCGGAACCGCAAAAAAUAUGCUUUGGUUCCGGACAGUCGCGCGAUACUUCUCGGAAAGGUAUGAGUUCCUUCAUGAGGUACUAUACCGCGGAAGAUUAUUCCAACAUAGGACCCGGUUCUUACGACGUUUUGAAAUCUUUCAACGCCAUUAAAACCAGGCCGUGCUGUUAUAGUAUUAGCAAAAGGGGUUACAGCGGUCUUGCACGAUUUGCCCAACCUGUCGCUUACACAAAAGAUUAUACAUCAUCCGAUUAUGUUUCUGCUGUUCCUGAGCACAUUAAAGCGCAGAAAUAUCCGUUCAUGUCCACCAGCAAGAGAAGAAUCUUCGAUAUUAACAAAAAUCCAGGGCCCGGAACAUACAAUGUUCUUAAGGAUCAGAUAAAAGGUAUUACGUUUGAACAUAGUUUUGGUGGUAAAGUUAAAAUGCAACUCGGUGUCGAUUUCAAGUGUUGCAAUCGCAACACAAAUAUUUGCAAGAUGUGCGGCAAAACACCAACUGAAGAUUACUGGCAUUUAAAUAAUAAAAUCUUCUUAUGUAAAAGUUGCAUGACAAGAGAAUUUCAAGAACAAACGAAAUUUAAAAAGAAGAAACUUGAAUUAUUUCGUAAAAUAAGAACAUGCUCAAAUAUUCACAUUCAUGAAGGCACGAAUGCAAAGAUAUGGCUGAUGCCUCCCGCUGCAAUCAAACAAUGGACAAGAAGAGAAACAUAUCUCUCAGCUUACUUGAAAGAUUAAAACAGAUUCCAUAAUAUAUAAUUUUUCAAUUUUAAA